CGUGUCGCGUAGAGCGCAUCAUGGAGUUGGCCACGGAACCGACGGCUGCAGACUGGCGCUUCACCCGCGAGCAGGUUGACGACCGCACGCUCGAGGGCCAGCGCCGCGAGCUGGAGGUCCCGGAGGCCGUCCUACCAUUCCACAGCACGAAUUUCUCGCGAUUGACGGCCAAGGACAUGGACUUGGGACCCUCAGAAUGGAACACCUUGAACAGCAAGAUUUUCGGCUCGCCCCAGUGGGACUCCGAGGAGACCGAGCCGUCGGAUAGCACCGAGACCAGUUCCACGUGGGGGCUGGCGUCGUGGACGACUAGCUCCUCCCAGGUCGGUGAGGAGCUGGGCGUGUGCCGCCUGGCCAGGAACAGCAAGAGGGAUACGGAUACAGGGUACUCGAAGGACUCGUUGGCGGCGCAGGCGAACACGGGCGUCCAGGAAAGCGCGCCGCCCGCGAGCGGCCGCGCCGCCGCGGUCUCCUUCCGGGAGGCCGUGGCCGCGCGCCGCCGCGCCGCCCGCCGGAGGCUGCUCGGGGCGGAUGGGCUCUUCAUCGGAGAGCACGCGGGCGGCUUCUGCGCCAGCGACUGCAUCAAGUGCAAUCCGAGGAAAUACGCGGAGCGGCCCUCCGAGUGA